UAAUUAGACCCAAAUUACCAAAUCUAGCCAAAACUAAUAAUAGAAAGUUGGGAUUUGAGAAGCCAUUUAACCCAAUCAAUAGAAAAACAUGGCGGGAAUUUGUUGCUCCACCAGCGUUAUUCCAAGAUUUCCAACACCCUACUCCUCCAGACAUUCCAAAAUCACCAAUACCAGAAUUUUUUGCAAUUCAAACCCAUCAACUGACCGCAAUUCAAAGAAACAAACACCCCAGCUCCUUAAAUUUGCCGUUAAUGGAGUCACUGAAUUUCUCAGGCUUUUCUCUUCCUUCAAUAAUAACAGAAUGGAUGUGGUGGUUGCUAAAGGAGAAGAGGAUUUUUUAAUUUCUGGGGUGGAUGAUGUUUUGGGUAUUCUCAAAUCAGAUUAUGAUAAUGCAUAUUUUGUUACAGGGAUUUUUACCUCUUCAAUUUAUAUCGAGGAUUGUCUUUUUGAGGAUCCAACUAUUAAAUUUAGUGGUAGAGAGUUGUAUUCACGGAACUUGCAAUUGCUUGUACCUUUUUUUGAGCAACCCUCUAUUGUGCUCAAAAGUAUUGAGAAGGGCGUUGAUGCUGAUAGAGAUUUUGUAUUGGCAAAUUGGAGCUUAAGGACCUACUUAAAGCUUCCAUGGAGGCCUCUGAUUGCCAUUGAAGGAAGUACAACCUAUGAUUUAAAUGAUGAAUAUAAAAUUGUCAGACAUUUGGAGAGAUGGAAUGUUUCUGCACUUGAAGCAGUUGGGCAGAUAUUCACUCCUGGUUUCAGAAGACCUUUGGAUUGAACACAUAAUUCUCAAGUGGUAGCCAUGUUUAAGCAAUAUGAACUAGUAAUAAACUUACAAAUUGGGAGAUAUCCUCGGGUCCUUAUGUGGUGAGUUUGUAGACUGGAGGGACUAGUCUCAACUGUCAGAUAUGUUUCUACUGCUUACGGCGACAUUAGCUAUGAAGCUGUGCUUGCAACUCUUUCCCCUGACGAACUGUUCGAUAUUAUCACUGUGUGAAGCUUCGUUUAGCAUAUAAUUUUACAUAGAACAAGCAUCAAUGAUGCUGCAUUUAUUUUGCUUCAUAUGUAGGAAAACCUGUAUAAAAAGGCGCUGUCUAAAGUCAGUGCUGUGCAUUAUUUUUCUAUCCUCUAGCUCUAGUUUGUUUAUAAGACGAUGGCUAAGUUAGGUUGGAAAUUAGUGGCUUUAUUUCAUAGAGUUGCUGCAGAUGAUGUACCAAAGUGUAGCCAGUUAGAACUGAUAUGAAAGUUGUAGCUUUAUACUA